GUGUGCAUCGCCCACAGGUGUGUCUUUGCCAGCAGACAGGGAAGCAGGUCCUGGCGGUGUGCGCUGCGCUUAGCUCCCUCCCCUGAUAUGGAGCCGGGGAUGUGUACGGGAAGUAGGCUCAGCGCUGUACUCGGGGUACCGGAGGAUUCCUUGUGAUCUUGGAGCUGCUGCGAGCAUCCAGCUGGAGAUCGCUGUUUCCCGGGCACUCAACUCCAACUUUGGUCCGUUGGAAACAUAUCUGUUGAUCCUAUGAGCUACUGGCGCUGAACGCAUCACUUGGCAGACGCCUCUUUUCCUGAAGACAACUUUUUCGGGAAAGACACAGGUUGUUUUGCCCAGACAUGGCUGCAUGGAUUCACACUGUGAGCAUCUUGAGCUGUAUCAUAUUCGUGUCAAACGCGGAAGUGUUUAAUUCAUUUUCCAGUGACAAUGAAUUAAAUCACUUAACGGUUAAUAAGAACACUGGUACCGUUUAUGUAGGUGCAAUUAACCGUUUGUACCAACUUUCUGAAGCACUUCAACUGCAGAUUAAUGAUACCACAGGUCCAAGACUUGACAAGAUAACUUGCACUCCACCCAUAGAUGCUAUCCAGUGUCCGAAUGCCAUACUCACCCCCAAUUACAAUAAACUGCUUUUACUAGAUGUGCCUAACGAGAGGAUUGUUGUAUGUGGAAGCAUCUUCAAAGGAAUCUGCUCGCUGCGGUCCAUGGACAAUAUUUCCAAAGUAAUUUCGUACGAUGACAGCAGGGGAGAAAAGUCUUUUGUUGCAAGUAUCUCUGAAAAAAUUACCACUGUGGGCUUGGUUGCAAACAUGUCCGAAAAUGGGCCAAGGGUUCUGUUUGUUGGCAAGGGCAAUGGCCAGCACGACAAUGGAAUUAUCAUUAGCACAAGAAUACUUGAUGAGCAUGAUGAUAAAGGCCCCUUUGAGACUUUCAUGGACUCCGCAACCUUCAAAUCUGUUUCUAUUUCUAUAAACGUUCAGCAGUUUGUUACAGCUUUCGAGGACGACAAUUUUGUUUACUUUAUUUCCACCCGGGUGGACAAGAAUUCCAACGAAAACAUCACCCUGAUUUCCCGUUUGUGUAAAAAUGACUUCAACUAUUACUCUUACAUUGAAAUGGAUCUUCAGUGCAAAGACAAAGAGGGUGUGAUUUACAACGUCUGCCAUUCGGUCUUCAUUACCACACCAGGGGAGGAACUGGCGCAGUCUGUCUUCAAGCCAUCUGGAGGAGGGAAAGUUCUUUUUGGGGUUUUCAGUAAAGUUAUUCAAGAUAAGGAGAAAACAGCCCUUUGUAUGUUUUCACUGAAAGACAUCAAUGCAAAAUUAGAGGAGAACAGGAAUGUGUGUUACAGUAGUAAGUCGGAGCAUGUCUACAAAGAUGGGAAGAAGAUCUUUUUCAAGCCGUUUGGCGCUGAGAUCAAAUGCGGAGGACGCUCCGAGAAUUCAGCAGCAACCUACCCGUGUGGCUCUGAGCACCUGCCCUACCCCUUGGAGUGCCGGGAUGGAGUGGUUGCGGAGCCAGUGUUGGUGCGGGAGAAUAAUCCAUAUACCUCAGUCGCUGUCUCUGUGGAGAAUGAGCACACCAUUGGGUUUUUGGGGACAGCUGAAGGAAAACUUGUGAAGGCAUUUCUAGGAGAACAGUCUAGAGAAUACAGGACCGUUUCCUUCGAUACUAACAGUGCAGUGAAGAACGGAAUUGCUUUUGAUGCUUCUGAAGAAAACAUAUAUGUGAUGACUAAGAAAAAGGUGUAUCGUGUUCCCGUCCAGGACUGUCAUCGAUACUCGGACUGCAAUGAGUGUGUUCAAGCUAAAGAUCCGUACUGCGGCUGGUGUGUGCUGGAAGGAAAAUGUUCGCGGAAGGCUGACUGUGCGAGGGCCGCUGAACCGAACCAUUGGCUGUGGAGUCGCGCAGGACUCUGCAUGAAAGUGGAGAGUGCGUCGCCGCAGAACAUGAGUGUAGUGGCACUCGACAAGGUUAUUUUAUCUGUGGUGCCCUCAAUAACAUUACAAGACGAGGACCAGUUGAUGUGUGAGUUUGGAGGUACAACUAAUGCUGCGGUACUUAAAGACGGGACCAUUUCAUGCCCUCAUCCAGAGGCCACUCCGGCCAUAGAAAAAGGCUACGAUAAUGUGAAUGUUACUAUCAAUCUAUACUUCAAGAAAGAUGAACCUGUGUUUUUUGCAAAUUAUUCUUAUCCAUUUUAUAACUGUGAAAAGGCAAUGUAUCUCUCUGAAAACUUACCAUGUAUCUCCUGUGUGAAUAGCCAGUGGGAAUGUCAGUGGAAUGUGAAUAGUCAUACAUGUGUGGACUAUAGUCCUACGGGCCCAGACAUGGUGGUUGGAGAAGGAGUGAUAACAAUGGAAGAUGACUGUCCGCAGUUUUAUCAGCCUGACCCCUCGAAGAUCCCAAUGGAGCAUAAAACCACCAUCAAAUUUAUGGGGAAGAACCUUGAUCGCUUCCAGGGUAACAUCUUUAGUGCCGGUAAUGACGAGUUCAACUUCAAGUCUACUGUUAGAGAAGAUGCUGGCAUGUUUUCCCUCUCCAUUCCCGAGUUCCCUGUUCAAGAUAAAGAAAUUGUUCCUCUGGAUAUUUACAUAAAAGUGAAUGAAAAGAAGAUUGACAGCAAACUGAAUGUAAAUCUUUACAACUGCUUUUUUGGAAGGAGUGAUUGCAGCUUAUGUCUCGCCGCUGAACCCGAGUAUAUGUGCGUCUGGUGCAACAACAAGUGUGUUUACAGGGACAUGUGCAAAGAAACCCCUGCCUCGGAGUGUCCGGCUCCUGUCAUCACGGAUUUUGAGCCAAAAUCUGCUCCGUUGAAGGGUAGUAUUUUCCUGACAAUAAUGGGGUCAAAUUUGGGAGUAAGACCUGAAGAUGUGGAAGAAAUAAAGGUUGCUGAUGUCCCAUGCCGAUUUGUGAAGGAGUUAUACUCUGUUUCUACCAGAGUUGUGUGUAUAGUUGGAAGUGUCCCUGAACCCACGUCAGGAAAUAUACAAAUACAAAUAAAAGAGAAGCACGGGGCAUCUCCAGAUGUUCUUACCUUUAUCUACCAGGACCCAGAGCCUACUGAUAUAAAACCAACUGAAGGUUUGCUAGCCGGUGGCACUUACAUAACAAUAACGGGUUUCCAUCUAAUGACCGGAUCCAAGCAUGACAUCAGAGUGAUGCUCGGUGAUGUAGCCUGUAAUGUCAUUACGUUUGGUGAAGAAAUUGUUUGCGUUAGCGAACCCGGCGUGAAAGAGGGCGAUGUCAAGGUUAAGCUGUUUUAUGGGAACGACACAGAGAAAGGAGCUGGCAAGUUCUCCUACAAACCUAAUCCCGUCAUUUUACAGUUUAUUCCGGACAAAAGCUUUGCAAGUGGAGGAAGAAAUAUUACAAUAUCCGGCUCGGGAUUUAAUCUUGUGCAGAAUUUCAGUAUGAUUGCUAAAUUGCCGUCUAGAAGGGAAAAGAGACAAGCGAGUGGAUCGGAGUCCAGAUAUAUAAGACAGGAAGAUAUCCUUGAAAAAGUCAGCGACACCGUGCUGAUAUUCUCCUCUCCCAGCGUGCCAGAAAAUUACCUGAACUCGGAGGUCAUUACAGUGAUUAAAAUGGAUAGGUUUGAGUCACCUUUGCAGACGGGCGAACUGUCGUUCAAUUACGUUCCUGAUCCCACUUUUGAGAAUUUUACAGACGGCAUCAAGAAGCAAGUGAACAACCUGAUUAAUGCAAAGGGGACUGACCUCAAUGCUGCAAUGACAAAAGAAGAGGCAAAGGCGUUUGUGGGCGAGGGCCUCUGCGUGAUAACUACUCUUACCUCCACCGACCUGUACUGUGUGCCCCCGGAAGAACAACCACAGCCGAGGAGGCGCCACAAGAGAGACACUACCAACAACCUGCCCGAGUUCAUAGUUAAAUUUGGAAAGCGAGAAUGGAUCCUGGGAAAGGUUGAAUAUGGACAAUCGGCCGCAAUUCCUCUUCACAUAAUCAUUCCGGUUGUUCUCAUUCCAAUGAUUUUGAUUAUAGCAAUUUCAAUAUACUGCUACAGGCGGAAGAGCCAACAGGCAGAGAGGGAGUAUGAAAAAGUCAAGCUGCAGCUGGAAGGAUUGGAGGAGAGUGUGAGAGAGCGAUGCAAGAAGGAAUUCACAGAUCUAAUGAUUGAGAUGGAAGAUCAUACCAGCGACCUCAAUGAAGCAGGGAUCCCUGUUUUGGGAUACAAAACUUACACGGACAGGGUGUUCUUCCUGCCUUCUAAAGAUGGAGAAAAGGAUGUCAUGAUAACUGGGAUGCUUGAUAUUCCUGAGGCCAGAAGACAAACUGUGGAGCAGGCCCUCAACCAGUUUUCAAAUCUCCUCAACAGUAAAUCUUUCCUCAUUAUUUUCAUUCACACCCUGGAAAGCCAAAAGGACUUCUCUGCCCGAGAAAAACUCUACUUUGCCUCCUUACUGACAGUUGCGUUGCAUGGGAAGCUGGAGUACUACACAGAUAUCAUGCGGACAUUAUUCUUAGAACUGAUGGAGCAGUAUGUAGCCAAGAAUCCCAAACUGAUGCUUAGAAGGUCGGAAACGGUUGUGGAACGCAUGCUGUCAAACUGGAUGUCCAUAUGUUUAUAUCAGUAUUUAAAGGACACGGCUGGUGAGCCGCUCUAUAAACUCUUCAAGGCAAUCAAACACCAAGUGGAAAAAGGUCCUGUGGAUGCUGUGCAGAUGAAGGCCAAAUACACACUGAAUGAUACAGGAUUACUGGGGGAUGAUGUUGAAUACACACAGUUGACGGUGAAUGUUAUUGUCCAUGAUGAAGGCGCGGAACCUGUACCAGUCAAAGUGCUAAAUUGUGACACCAUCACUCAAGUGAAGGAGAAGAUAGUAGAUCAGGUUUACAAGAACAUACCUUAUUCACAGCGGCCAAAAGUAGACAGCCUAGCUCUUGAGUGGAGGCCAGGCUCUACAGCACAGAUAUUGUCCGAUUUGGAUCUAACGUCACAGAAGGAAGGCCGAUGGAAGCGCAUUAACACCCUCAUGCAUUACAAUGUCAGGGAUAACGCCACACUUAUAUUAUCAAGAGUUGGCAUUUCUCAGCAACAAGAAGAAAAUCACCAGGACAUUCCAGGGGAAAGGCAUGCUUUACUAGAUGAUGAGAACAAAACGUGGCACCUUGUCCAUCCAGCAGAUGAGGUAGAUGAAGGCAAAUCAAAGAAGGGAAGUAUAAAAGAAAAAGAACGAACCAAAGCAAUAACCGAAAUCUACCUGACAAGGCUACUGUCAGUCAAGGGUACGCUCCAACAAUUUGUCGACAACUUCUUCCAUAGUGUCCUCAAUUCCAAUCAAGUGGUACCUCCUGCAGUUAAAUAUUUCUUUGACUUCCUCGAUGAGCAAGCAGAGAAAUAUGACAUAAAAGACGAAGACACUGUUCACAUAUGGAAAACAAAUAGUUUAUCGCUUAGAUUUUGGGUUAAUAUACUGAAAAACCCGCACUUCAUCUUUGAUGUACACGUGCAUCAGGUGGUGGACGCAUCCUUGUCAGUCAUUGCACAGACCUUCAUGGAUGCCUGCAGCAGGACCGAGCACAAGCUGAGCAGAGAAUCUCCUAGCAACAAAUUGUUAUAUGCAAAAGAGAUCUCAACAUAUAAAAAAAUGGUGGAAGACUAUUAUAAAGGAAUCCGCCAAAUGGUACAAGUCAGCGACCAGGACAUGAAUACUCAUUUAGCUGAAAUUUCAAGGGCCCAUACGGAGUCUUUAAACACACUAGUAGCGCUACACCAGCUGUACCAGUACACAAACAAAUACUACGAUGCGAUCAUAAAUGCUCUAGAAGAGGACCCCGGAGCACAACGCAUGCAGUUAGCUUUCCGAUUGCAGCAGAUAGCAGCAGCGCUAGAAAAUAAAGUCACAGACCUUUGAUGGGUAAAGUCACGAAAUGAAGACGUUGCCGUAUUCUCUCCUUGAGGAAAAAGAGUUUUAUUUUUUAAAUGUCCAAUUUCCUCUUUUUUUAAACUGAUCAGAUCCAUUUGUUUUCAUAUCAAGAAAGUGUAAAGGGGAAUUGAUUUUUACUGUAAAUUAUGCCUCAGAUAUGUGUUAUAUGUAGGGAGGUUUUUAUAUAUAAUGUAAUUGCACAAUGCAUUCUGCAGCAUUAACAUUUUUUAAAUUUGUUUAUGCAAACAUUCUCCAUUUUUAUUGCAAUUUUGAGCCAAGCAAUACGUGUAAUAAGCAAUCAUUUCAGCGGAUUGGGACUUGGUAAAUGUUGCACUUCUUCCCCGCCAUUUGUGUACGACUAACUGGACUGAAGAUGGGAUAUUUGCACAUUCAUUUGGGGAUCUUUUUCCACGCGGUGCCACUGGGGGAUAACUCAAUGUAUUGCUGCUGCCCGGAUUUUAAUGGGAUUCAUUCACGUUGCCAAUUCCAGACAGAAAAAGAUGUUAAUUUACUGAAGCACAACUCGAGCCUCGUAGCUUUCCCCCUUUUUUACGCUUGAGGUUUAUUUUAUAUAAAUAUACAUUCUAUAAUGUGCCUUAAAUGUUCCAGUUGAUGAAAUACUGAUGAUACAUGAUUUUGUAAAGAUACAGAAAAUUUAUUUAUGUCACUGAUUUUUCUUUUCUUUUUUUCUUUUUGUGAAACUUUGUGACCAACUUAUAAUUAUGUAUCAAUGACGUACACAUUGACCUGAUUAUGUAAAAAUUGAAUAUGUUUUAUCUUGUAUUAAAAUGUUACCUGUAUUUGUUUAUUUGCAUCUGGUAGCUUAAAAACUAAACAAAAGCACCUCUACGUUGUGUAUCUACAUUAGGAAUGUAACAUGCAUAUAGAGAAAAAAGCCUGUAUUCAUGUUAAAAGUACCACUACCAGCAUUUGAUUGUAAACCUGAGAACUCAAAUAAAGAGUCUCGCAUCUCA